GCCCGGCCAAGGCCACCGCAGUGUUGUCAAGGGCGUCUAGGCUACCUGUCAGGCUUGACCACCGGACUUUUGUAGGCUCUCAAACACCAGAGAUCCGCUCCCCCUCUUGGAUCGUCGUGCUCUGGGGCCGGAGAACAACGACAGGCGUAGAAUGGCCACGACAGCUGCUUUCUUGUUGGUGGUGGUCUUGGCCGCUGGGGCCUACGCAAAAGAUGCCACAUCGAACCAGGGGGCUUCAUUGAGAGGCCUCAAAGUGCCAGAAGGUGAGGAGCGUCUGGCAAGCCAUCCAUAUGUCGCCCAUCGGCGCCACCCCAUCUGUUUUCUCUUUCUCCUUCCCAUCCGUCAGGUUGCUACACCCCGGGCAAGGACUACGCGGGGUCCGAUGUGGUGAACUGGAAGGACAUCAGCUCCGCCGAGCACUGCCAGUCCAAGUGCCAGGCACACGCCAAGUGCGCCGUCUUCAACUACCGCGACAACGAGAAGGAGUGCUGGCUCAAGUCCGAGAAGGCCCUCGAGGGCAAACCGAAAGACGACCCGAGGGCCCUCACUGGGCCAAAGACAUGCUUCCCCGGUAUGCAUGCCGGAAUCUUAUGAGAGGGGGAAUGAAUGCCCCCUUGGGUUUUUCUUCUCUGUGUCGGUGUGUGUCUCGUUCGUUCAUGGUGUGGCUGGCUGCCAGAGUGUUAUGAGGAGGGCGUUCAGUUCGAGAGCAAGCUCGUGCUCAGGGUGCGUAACGUGCUGACAGCCGAGGCGUGCCAGCACCUGUGUCAGGGGAACAAGGAGUGCAACGCCUUCACCUUCGUCCCGCUGCAGAUGCGAUGCAAGCUGCACCGGUCGAAACAGAAGAAGACAAAGCAGACUGGGGAUGCGCUGACUAUCUCUGGACCGAAACAGUGCAAAGGAGGUACGGAUAUAUAAGGCAACGCAACCGGGGCAGACUAGACUGUGCCGUAGAUAGAAGAGGGAGGGAGGGAGACAUGGCAUGAGUGUUGCUCUGCUACGGUUCAUGUGUCACUGUCACUGGUGCAUGAAUGGAAUGCCUGUUGUGUGGUCAGCUCCGCCCAUGCCUGACGCCCCGGACGCCCCGGACACUCCUGGUGCUCCGAACCCGGGCGGCCAGGAGAAGUUCCAGCUUACCACUAAGGACUCUUUCAUCAAAUUCGGCAAGUCGCAAGAAGGUAUGUGUGCCUAGUUGUCCACUUGUGCCCACGAAUGAUACGAACUCAUAUAUCUUCUCUGUGUCCCUCUCUCCACAUAUGUGCGUAUCCAGGCACUCUUCGUGCGUUGGCAGACAGCCGUAAGCUCUACAUCGGCUCGGCCAUCAACACGGCCAACAUGAACGACCAAAAAUACCUCCGCACCCUCGCUGAGCAGUACAACAUGGCCGUCGCCGAGUGGGAAUGCAAAAUGUCAGAAAUGGCGCCAAGCAACGGCAACAACAUCAACUGGGGCCUCUGCGAUAAGUCAGUACGAUGGAUGGCUAAGGAAGAAAGGAACGACCCAUCCAUCUGCAUGUCUCUGUGUGUCGGCGUGUCUCAAUAGGAUAGCUGAUUUCUGCGAAGCCAGUCGUAUGGGGUUCCGCUACCACGCCCUGGCCUGGUACUAUUCCAUCCCGGGCUGGUUCAAGGGACUCAGCCCUAACGACAAGAAAACUGCCCUCAAGACCUUCACCGACAAGGUGGUCGACCACUACGUUGACAAGGCCCUCUGGUGGGAUGUCGCCAACGAAGGUGAGACAGGGACGGAGGGAGAGGGCGUCCAGGCAGACACAGUGCAGAGGCAUGUUGCUGAUGUUGGUGUGUGCACUCAGCUCUGAACGACAACCAGCCUGACGGUGGCAAGACCCCCAAGUACCGCGAAGACGGUGCCCUGUACCCCGCCAUCCCCGACUGGGUGUCGUAUUCCUUCCACCUCGCCCACAAGGCCCUGUCGGCCAAGGGCAAGCCAUUCAAGCUCUACUACAACGACUACGGCGUCGCCUCGAUGGUACGCACUCACGACACACCGAGAGACACAUGCGAGCACCAUUCCCUCCAUGUCUCUGGUCUGGUGGUUUGCCCAGGAUGGUUGGUCGAGCGGCAAGUCCAACGCCAUGUUCAACAUGGUCAAGGGUCUGGCCAAGGACAACUCCAUCGACGGCGUGGGAUUCCAGCUGCACAUCAACACCUACUACGACCUGGUCCCCGGUGUGCGCAAGAACAUCCAGCGAUACGGCGAGCUCGGCCUGGAAGUCCAGUUCACCGAGCUGGACGUGGGCUGCGGUGAGUGGCAGGCCCCCACUGGCGAAAUGGUGGGCGGCGACAAAUGGGUCCCAUGCCCCGACUGGGACAACGGACAGGCUGCACGCCAGGUAGGUGGGGAGGGAGAGCGUGGAGCAGGCAGGCCACGGACGCAUUUCUCACCUUACAGGUAGAUGUAUCCCUUGUCAUUGCAGGCUGAGGUGUAUUCAAGGCUGAUGGCAGUGUGCCUGGAAGAGCCCAACUGCACCGCCUUCGUCAUGUGGGGCGUCUCCGACAAGAACACGUGGCUCAAGAACUCCCGCCCACUCCUCUACGACGAGAACUACGCGCAGAAGCCCGCCUGGUGGGCUGUGCACGACAUGAUGAAGAGCUACGGCAAGUAAACCCAGUCUCACCACACCAACUGCCUGCCUGUCUGCCUGAGGGGCCGGCGGGUGGGCCGUCUUUGAUUAUUGUGAUUUUGGGGAAGGGGGCGGCCUGGGUUUGGUUUAAUUGCAUGGAUUGGUUUGCUGGAUCGAUCUGCCCUAGAAGUAGGAACAUAUAGCGCCCGAUUUUCCCCAGCUGGACCGCGCUAUAUCCUGACGACUGUGUGUGUGUGUGUGUGUGUGACUGCGCUAGUUGGCGGUUUUUGUAAGAGACACCCACACAACAAUGCACUUUUUGUGAAAGGCACACAGCAACACACGGCAGACAUACGACUGACAUGUUUCUUGAUGAUUGAUAUAAUCAUCCGCUCGGGUUCCGUUUGCUGACUGACGUGCGUGUUUCCUCGGGGGUGUGGUUAGAUGUUAGUUCAUGUGACACACGGACUGGAAAGGAACGCGAACAUUGCGAUGAAGCGCAUUCACAC